AGGUUUUCAUUGGUUAGAGACGACAGUCAAAAUGCGACUUAUGGGUCACAUUGGUCCCAGUAAGAUAAAACCACUAAAUGAAGAAGUAGCUGUCAAUCUUGCCGCAGAGUUGCUUGGUGAAGGAUUUUUAUUUGCUGUUGGUGUGGGGACCUUACUUUUUGAGUAUCGACGAGGCAUAAAGAAAGACGAGAGAAAAGAAGAUGAACAAAACAGACAUUUGGCAGAACUUGAGGAUAAAAUGAGUGAAAUUGGACUCCUAAUAGAAACACAAGCAGCAGAAAUAAGAGAACUAAAUAGAAUGGUACAGGGUCUUCGAGGUAGUAGUGAUAAACCUGGAAAAAGUGAAGAUACAAAGGCUUUGAAAACAUAAUGUUUAGGGGAUGUAUAUAUUUUGAAGGCAUUUUUAAUUAUAAAAGUAGGUUUAAAUAAUCAUCGUUCUACAAAAUCUAUGACAAUAUAUUGGAGUAAGAAAUUUUUUCCCCAUUUGAUGAGAUUUUUUCCUGUUCUGCAUGUGAGAUGCUUUGAUCUUAUCCUCACAAUGAGAUAGAGUUGACCUGGAUAUUUUUAAAGUGACUGAACCAUAUUUCACAAUAACUAGUAUUAUAUUGCAAUAAAGAUAUAAUAUAAUAGUGGAUAUUUCUUUCAUCCUUUGUUUUAUUGAUACAUUUUUAUUCAUAUUUUGAUUGAUACAUUUUUUAAAUUCUGAAUAUUGUGAAAAACAUUUUAUCAAAUCCAUCAAUAUUCAAGAUAGGAAGGGCCCUAAAACUUGAAAAGGAUGAAAGUAAGUCCAAAUAGCUGCAUUUUCAGGAAGAGCAAAGAAAAUCAGACAAAGAUGUUGAUAUAUAUGCAAUACAUGCCCUAAAACUUUCUACCCUGAAUUGGGGACUCCAGAAAUAAAUGUACAAGUUUACUGAUUUUCACCUUCCCAUCUAGUCUCCCUCACAGCUGUCCUAGUCUCGAGACUGAAAAGGCUGCUAGGGAGACUUCUUCCCAUCCUCCCUCAUAGGAAAUUUGUAAUGGAGCCAAAAAAUAAAUAAUAGAAUAAAGGAAAGAAAGAACAAAAAGAAAUAGUGGGAGAAAAAGGGACAGAAAAAGACCCCUUAAAUUGAGCCCUUUUAGCUUAAAGGUAGGUUCAAUGUUUUCCCAUUUCAAACCAUGUGUCAUUCCCAAGAGUAGAGUA